AUGAACCAAGAGCACUGUGAAUGCACAGUGAAUGCACAGGGAGUAUGCUUAAAACCUGUGUCUUCCUCCGAUGUUGGAUCAGCAGAAAAGUUUGCUCUAGCCAUGAUAAAUCUGCACGACGCAGAGAUGUUUUUGGCACAAAGUGUACACAUCCUCCUCCAUGAAACCCCUAGAAACCCGAGGACAAACAACAACCCGUUAACCUACUUUUAUUUUGCAAAAGGGAAGCAACAUUGUAGUCAGGACAAUUUUGCAGACGGGAGAAACUUGUGGGGAUUGCAAGUCUCUGCCCUCGGUCACCUCUCCCUCCAGACUGCGAACAGCCCCUCCAGGGACAGUGCUUUCCACUCCCCCCCCCCACUUUUUUUUUUUCCCUUGUCCCAAGAAGCCCAGGGAACGCUGCAGGCUCCGACUUGGGGAGCGAGCGCGACCCUGGGCGCGUGUGUAAAUCAGUCACCUGAGCGCCGAGGGGCCGCGGCGAGGGCGCGCGCGGGCGGGCGGGGAGAGGCGGAGGCUGCGAGCGCGGCGGCCGGGAGGAAAUCGGGAGGGGGAGGGAAAGAAAGGCCGAGACAGAAGGAGCGAGAGGCGGCCCAGGGGCUGGUCCAGGCGCGGCCGCUAAGAGGAGACCAAGAGGCGGGGGCUGCACUUGACAACCAGCAUGCCGAGAUGCUCCAAGACCGGCCCAGACCUCUCGUUUCAUCUUGCCAUGUCACAAGUCAGUGCUGUGUCGUCUUUUCAAAAGUCUGCCUGAUUUAGACAAGAAAGAAAAGUACUUUCAUGUUGCAGCCGCAGUCCCCUGCUAACUUGUCAGCAGCAGGAUAUGAUUCACUUGGGCCCAGAAGAAUGGAACAGAGAGGCGGGUUAGGCGGUUCAAUAAAGCCCAUGGACAGGUAGUGUGUGACAUCCCCAGAGAGUCACAGUUAAUGAAGAACAGGUCUGCUUAGUUCUUCACAUGCUGACCUGGUGCUGUCCCCACAGU